AUGGAACCCGUAGCAGAAGAAGAUUUGAAUAUUGGUCCAGAGAUUACUGAAAGUUUCGAAAGGGACGACACUCAAGGUGGUAUUACAUCAGAUCUUUUGCCAACAUGCCGUUUACUUUCACUGUUGACGACAGAUGUGGUUGAUACAAUGGUAUUAGAAGAAGAGGCAACAGUUGAUGCUGAUACUGUUUCGAUGGAAGAUGAUGAUGAUAUACUUUUUAUUGGAACGACUUGUUGUACCUUUGGAAAGAAACCGGCGGAGGAACAAUAUGAUGCUGAAAAAGAUGAUGACUUUUUUGAAGUACUUGCGGCUGUAGCUAAUUGCAAUCGUUCAGCUAUACAAAUGGGUUCAAUCAAAAGCCCUUUACAUGCUGGACCAAACAUUACUAAUGAAGAUCUUUAUCCGUUGUUCACGAUGGACGCAAAACGGUGGAUAUCGACAGACUCUCAAAAGGCUCUCGGUAUCUAUCAACGCAAGAGAUGUACAGCAACGGUUUAG